UGCGGCGGCUGCGCGCGGCGGCGGCGGCGGCGCACGCGGGGUUGGGUGCCGUUUCCUGCGGGGCCCACCCGGCACCCGGCCUGGCCCGGCGACUACGGGCAGCUCGCGAGGAGCCUUCCUGCUGGCGAACGGGGCAGCCUUCGCAGCGCUCCCCGCUGGGGUGCGUUUGUUGUUCGGGGCGGGCUGACGUCGCUCCCGUUCCUUCCUCCCUGCAGCAGGGGUAGCCGAGCCGCUUUCCGAGCCGUCGCCGCGAGCCGGCUUCGUGUGUGCCCCGAGAUUGCCGUCGGCUCCUUUUCUUCUGAGGCCUUGCUGAGUUUUAAUUAUUUGUAGGUUCUGGUGGUUGUAAAGUAAUUUAAGAUGUUUGUGCCGCUCGGUUUUAGCUCGGUAAUUGACUCUUGUGUUAGGAGACGUUGGUUGGGAAUGGUUAAAUGUCCAAAGAAUUGGAUUGUUUACGGAUAAGGGCUGUUUUAUUUGACUACUGUGGGCCUGCAACUUUAAACUUGCAUCUUUAUUUUAUUUAUUUUUUCUUAUCCUGUGCUUUUUCUGUGUUAUGGCUGCUGCAACGAUAGUUCAUGAUACAUCAGAAGCUGUAGAGCUCUGUGCUCCCUGUGGGUUAUACCUUAAACCCAUUACAAAAAUGACCAUCAGUGUGGCACUUCCUCAGCUGAAACAACCCGGAAAGUCCAUUUCGAACUGGGAAGUGAUGGAAAGACUGAAAGGGAUGGUGCAAACCCAUCAGUUUUCCACUCUGCGGAUUUCCAAAAGCACGAUGGAUUUCAUCCGGUUCGAAGGAGAGGUUGAAAACAAAAGUUUAGUCAAGUCUUUCCUUGCGUGCCUCGAUGGCAAAACGAUCAAGCUGAGUGGCUUCUCUGACAUUUUGAAAGUCCGUGCCGCAGAAUACAAGAUUGACUUUCCUACCAGGCAUGACUGGGAUUCGUUUUUCCGUGAUGCAAAAGACAUGAAUGAAACUUUGCCAGGGGAAAGGCCGGAUACCAUUCAUCUAGAAGGCUUACCUUGUAAGUGGUUUGCAGCAAAGGACUCCGGCUCAGAAAAGCCAAGUGAAGAAGUCCUUACAAAAGUUUUCCAGAAAUUUGGAGAAAUACGUAAUGUGGACAUACCCAUGUUGGACCCUUACAGAGAAGAAAUGACUGGCAGAAAUUUUCACACGUUCAGCUUUGGAGGCCAUUUAAAUUUUGAAGCUUAUGUUCAGUAUCGGGAGUAUGCAGGUUUCAUUAAAGCCAUGAAUGCCCUGCGAGGGAUGAAGCUGAUGUUUAAAGGUGAUGAUGGCAAGGCUGUGGCUUGCAAUAUAAAGGUUUCUUUUGACUCAACAAAACACCUCAGUGAUGCAUCAAUUAAGAAGCGUCAGCUUGAAAGGCAGAAGCUUCAAGAGCUUGAAAAGCAGAGAGAAGAACAAAAACGCCGGGAGAAGGAAGCUGAGGAAAAACAAAGAGAGGAAGAAAGGAAGCAGAGAGAACUUGAAGAAUAUGAGAGAGAGAGAAAAAGAGAAGAAAAAUUGCGCAAGAGAGAACAGAAGCAGAAAGAUCGUGAAGUUCGACGAAACAAAAAGCAGCUUGAGAAACUUCAAGCUGAAGAACAAAAGAAACUUCAAGAGAAGAUAAAGUUAGAAGAAAGGAAGCUCCUGUUGGCACAGAGAAAUCUUCAGUCCAUUAGGCUAAUUGCGGAACUGCUAAGCAGGGCAAAGACAGUAAAGCUUUUGGAACAAGAACAAAAUGAAGAAAAGAUCCGUCUUCAGCAACUAGAGGAGAAACGAAAGCUUCAGGAGGCUGAGCUCAGACGUGUGGAAGAAGAAAAAGAAAGAGCACUGGGGUUGCAAAGAAAAGAAAAAGAGCUGAGGGAGAAACUACUGAACAAUCUUCUUAGCAAGAAAAUGGAUGCAGUUCAUCAAAGCAAAGAAGAAACGGAAGCAUCUCAGUCUGGCACUGUGAAAAUUGCUAGUGAUGUUCCGCACACCGUGUCAUCCAGCUGCAUCACUUCUACCUCAGGACAGGCUGUUACAGACAAACUGGCAUCAGACUCUCAAAGAGAACUACCAUCCCCUGAGAAUGUAAAUGCUCAAUGCAAGUAUUUGAAUGGCAAUAUUCAUGACAGAGUUGAUGUCAAAGAAGGUCAGAAACUUCAUACCACGGACUCGGAGAGGUGUUCAGAGAAAAGAAGUUCAACACUGUCAUGUGUUCCUGCCAAUAACCAGAAGCAGAAUACCUGCAAGAAGGACUCGCGCUGUGAGCAAAGCAAACAAAGCACAGAGCCAAGGAGAAGAAAGAGCCGUUCAUGUAGCAGCAUAAACACUGAUGAGAGUAAGGGUAAGCGAGAGAGAACCAGGCACAGAAGAGAUGCGACUUACCAGGAUGAAAGAAGGAGGAGGGAAAGGAGGUAUUAUAGACACUCUAGCAGAAGUUACAGUCCUCGACGAAGUCAUAGUCCUCGUCGAAGAAGUGUAAGCCCCAGACGUUCACAUUAUAGAAGAACUCACAGUAGUGAACGUAAACGAGACAGAAGAGAAAAAAGCCGUAGUCGCAGAAGCUCAAGCAGGAAACGAAGGUACCGGAGGAGAUCACUGAGUAAGCAAAGGAGUACUUGGAGUGGGUAGUGGAGGCCCCGACUGUUUGAAAAGGCUGUGGUUGGACACAAGGGCGAGAAAGUCGUAAAUGAGACCUCACUGGUGUGACUGCUAUAAGAAAACACUUCUGAUUCAACCAAUGCAUAACUUGCAUCUAGUCCCUAAAAUAGAUGCCUGAUUUUUUUUGAAGUUCUGUUGUGCUUUGUUGUCUCUUUCUAGGUUUCUACCACAAUGUAGUUGUUCUGCUUGUAUUUGAAUUCCUACUGUGCUAAAAGCCAACCUGCUUUCUGGAUUUUUUUUAUUUUUAUUUUUAUUUUAUUUUAUUUUUUUUUUUCAGUUUUCUAAAUUGUAAUUUCAGUUGAUUUACUUUUUCCUCUCUUAUGUAUGUGCCAGUUACAGGAACUCCAGUUGUGACAAGCUUUGACCUACAGAUUUAUCUAAAAUGCUUUCUGGUGUACUUAAUGAAAUCAUGUUUAACAAAGUAGAAUUUUUCCUGAUUGAGACAGAUAACAAGACUUUCGUAUGAUUCUUAAAACUGACUAUUAAGAUAUGCAGGAAAUCUUUUAAACUGCUGUGAUUCCUUCAUACAUCUGUAUAGUGCCAGGCUUUGUUGCCCAAGCUAUUCUGGUAUGUAAUGCCCUUUGUGUAGUAAUACUUUCCAUGUAAGAAAGGCACACUGGUGUAGGAAGUAAAAAAGCAGUGGUAAAAAGGUGGAAAAGUUGUUUUGUUGCCUUGUUGACAUACUUGGCUUUUAAUUACUUCGGGUGAUGUUAGAGCCACUUGAAGCGUUUUUUCAGGUACGUACAGAGCUAGCCAUUGUCUUUUGAAAAAGGGGCCUUCUUGCUAAAUUAUUUUUACUUGUGGUGUUGGAAAGUAAGGCUGCAGUGUCUCUUGUUAAAUGCAUUUAAGACUACAUUUGCUUCUAAAAUGGAGCUCAGGAAUAUGAAAAGCUAUAACGUUACAGUGAAAGAGUUUAUUUUGCCUUUUUAUGGUAAAAUUAAAGAGAAACCUGUUUCCAGUGAACUGAAGUCGCUGUUUUCAUGUGUCAGUAUGUUAAUAUCUGCAGAAUUGUUGUAUGAGAAUCAUUUUGUUUAAAACAAACAAACAUUUGAAUAAUGAGGCUUAGCUGCUUGUCUUGCCAGUCCUGUCAUAUACAGCUGCAUCCACUGUUAAUUCAGCAGGAUGUGUGCUCCUGGGGUGCAGUUUUCCCUACACUGAUGUGGGGAGUGCCUCUUUGUUUCUCUCCUUGAAUCCACAGACUGAUUUAUCUAGUCAUCUCAAUACCACCAGUUUCCUGAAUUCUGAGCAGCUGCUUUUGUUGAUGAGUUAAUUUUCUACAGUCUUUGCUGAAGUAUUAGAAAUCUAUCUACUUGAAGAUAAACUUAUAUUUUGUAACAGUUUGGCUGAAACCCACUAUAAUGUUGAUUGCAAGUUUUGAUGGAAUGCCUGUUUGUAAAUCUCUGUGACUCUAGCCUGCUAUCAAAUAACUGAUGUGCUAUCCAUGGUAACGUCAUAUUUGAGGGAAGGAAAAAAAAACCAACUGUGAUUACAUCUGCAGUUCUGUAAGAAGUUGACCUAAGGCUGUCAAUACCAAUGUUUUUGAGCUCAGGGUUAGGAUUCUUACUAGUUUAGUAUUUCCACAAUGUAUCCUGUGGAUUUCCAUUGGGAUUUAUGUCAGGAUCUUGGCAAUUAAUAUAUGUAAUUGGGGAAAUGCUAGUAUAUAGUGCUACUUUCAGGAAGCCUUCAUGCUGUUAAUGCACUGUGUUAUUGCCAAAUGUGAAAGUGCUUAAGGCAGUGGCAGUCAUCAAAAAGUGUUCAUAUUAGGAAAAUCCAAGAGAGAUUAUUUCUCGAUACAAAAGAAAGCAGUGCUGGAUAGGUGGUUUGGCUUUUCGCUCUAAAGAAGGCACCAAGAGUAGGCUUGAUAUCCCAACCUGAAGUGAUUAAAUUCAGGUUAAAUUCCCCUGAUGUCCAAUGCAGUGUCUGAGAUCAGAGCAAUCAGGGGCUGACAGAGGCAAGGGGAAGGAUGUUUAUCUGUCAGGCUUUGAUUGUUUAGCCUGACACAUCAUAUUGAGCACUGUCUUCAUACAACAUACAAAAAGUACAGUAGCAUAAAGUAUUCAGUUGAUUAAAAGCCUAAAAGUGCUUUGAAGCUACUUGCAAAUGCUUACUUAAAAUGUGAGGAGAGAAUAUGAAGGUAGUUGUCUUUCAGCCAGCUUGACCCAAUCACAGCCUCUUAAAACUACUGCUUAAAGUUGCCCAAUAAAUAUGCUCACUGCAGAAUUUCAUCUAGUAUUAACACUUUGAGGUAUUGUUUCAGAUGCAUGUUUUGCUUCAAAGCUCUCCAAAGUCUUUUCAGUGCUGAAUCCACUGAAAUGAAUAUUGCAUCCUGUUUCCUUGUAACCUGGGUCUGGCUGGGCUAACUUUAACUUCAUUCAUAGCAGUGAGCAGGUUGGUGGUGCUUGGUUGUUGUUAUUCAGUUACAUAGUGAGAUGCACAGUGACAUGGACUCCAAAACAAACAAAAAAAAUAAUAAUGCCAUCCUAUGGUACCUGGGACUGCAAGAUAAUUUUUUGUCAGCUGAAUGACAGGCAUGGUACAGUGGUACUUCUUUAUAGACCAGCUUCUUUGUCUACUCCAUCUGUUCUAUUUGUUGGUAACCCAGGACUCGGCAUGUUCUAGUCUAUUUCACUCCAUAUGGCCUUGAUAAUGAUGCCUAUAGCUGAAUGCUUUUGUACUGCAAGUAACCAACAGCACCCACAAGGCAGUCAGUUUAAAACCUGUUCAGAUAUUUUUCUACUCUGUGAUAAGUGUGGAUGUACCGUGGAACUGUAGUGGGCGCCACCACGUUUCUGUUAUUGGUUCCCAAAUUCAGCAUUGAUGAUGUCUUUGAACUGCAAAGAAACUUGUUGAGACUGUAAUCUUUUGAUACAAACACAGCUAUAAUUAUGUUCUGCUCUGCCCAGUACCAUCUAUUAAAAUUUUUUUCUUAUUGCUGA